GCCACUCCAGCUCCUUCUAAAUGGACAGAUUGUAAAAACACUCGAAACAUCAUAUGCUUUCAAAUCAACAUGUAGACUUUCCAACUAGUAAUAAAGGACCAUGUGUAUUUAAUUCAAUAUCAAUAUCAAUAUCAAUAUCAAUAUCAAAAACAUAAAGAACAAAAGCUUCAUUCUUUUACCCUCCAUCUGUUUAUUGAAAGGUGUCUUUAGUUUAUCAUCUAGAAAAAUCUGCUCGGAAAGGUUGUCAUUGUUCUCCCACCUUACACAAGCUAUAUUUAUCUUGACCUUCCUUUCAGAGUUACAAGAUAUCGACAAAAUAGGGUCUCAAUACAUCAACUGCCUCAUAUUCCCAACCUGUCAUAUCUCUGGAUAGUUCAACAUCCUACUUCGGAAACUCCGAAGCUUCUUACUUGUGCCUGAAUGAAAUUCAUCUGAGAUAUCAAACAAGAGGCCAAGUGUCAGUCUCAUCAUGAAGACCGCCGCUCGAGCUUUCUACUUGGGGUUAUUUACUCUCUUGAGUACUUGUACUUCUCAUGCAGAAGCUUCUGAUUCUUCAUCUAAAUCCAAAACUGUUCAAAGUCCAGAUGUUUGCGCGAUCUCCCCAAAAGCUAUUGUUUCGGAUGCAUGUACAACAUAUGCUACCCUCGAUGACCUGAACCGAGAAAUAUCACCUUCCUUGGACGACCUCACACGAACCACCGAUUUCUUUGCAUAUUACCGUCUGAACUUAUUCGGCAAGGAAUGUCCAUUCUGGAACGAUGAAAAUGGCAUGUGUGGAAAUAUUGCCUGCGCCGUAAAUACAUUGGACAAUGAAGAGGAUAUACCACUGGUAUGGAGGGCAGAGGAAUUGGGAAAACUAGAAGGUCCAAAAGCCGGCCAUCCGGGAAAGAAAUUACAACAAGAGCGCCCAAAGAAACCACUUCAAGGAAAGCUCGGCGAGGAUGUCGGAGAGAGUUGUGUGGUAGAAUACGAUGACGAAUGUGACGAGAGAGACUACUGUGUACCGGACGAUGAAGGCGCAGGAUCAAAAGGAGAUUAUGUGAGUUUGGUAGACAACCCGGAGAGAUUUACAGGAUAUGCUGGUGAGGGUACCAAACAAGUUUGGGAUGCCAUCUAUCGAGAGAAUUGCUUUUCGAAAUCAUCCUUCCCACAUUCGGAAUCCCUUGGUCACUCUCCGUUUUCUCUGCAAGAGCCCGCGGCAAAUGAACUCAAGUCUGUUCUCAAACAACAUGGUCGUCAACACAUACUGGAAGAACAGCGAGAGCAUUUCCCAAAUCUCCCAUUUGUAGCAGAGACUGGCCUUGAAUUGGAGGAUGAGUGUUUGGAGAAGCGUGUCUUUUACAGAGUCAUUUCCGGCAUGCACACUUCCAUCAGCACACAUCUCUGUUACGAGUAUUUGAAUCAAAUUACUGGUGAAUGGGGCAUGAAUGUUGAAUGUUAUAAAGACCGCCUACAUGGCUAUCCAGAACGUGUUUCGAAUCUUUACUUCAAUUACGCUCUUGUUCUACGAGCAGUCACAAAACUUGGCCCUUCGCUUAAGGAGUACACUUUCUGUUCUGGAGAUCCAGCUCAAGAUCAACUUACCCAAUCCAAAGUACAAACUCUGAUUUCAAAAGCAUCAAAAGAGACUCGAAUCUUCGAUGAAGGCUUGAUGUUUGUUAAUGGAGAAGGUCCAAGUUUGAAAGAAGAUUUCCGCAAUCGAUUCAGAAAUAUUAGUCGUAUCAUGGAUUGUGUAGGUUGUGAUAAAUGUCGACUGUGGGGCAAAGUUCAAACCGCAGGCUACGGAGCAGCGCUAAAAGUUUUAUUUGAAACCGACAACAACUCAUUGGAUGUCCCGAUAUUGAAACGAACUGAACUUGUCGCUUUGUUUAAUACAUUGGGCCGUAUUUCCCAUUCUCUCCGCGCUAUCAAUGAGUUCCGAACCUUGGUGGAGGCGGAAGAGAGCGAGGCCGAAGAGGCCGUCAAACUAACGGAUCGUGUGACGAAACCACAUCAUGUUAUUCCUGAAGAAACUCAUGAAGAUCCAAUAGAAAAAGAUUUUGCGGAAUAUGAUGAGGAGGUGAAGUUGAAGCGAAAGGAGCCUACUAUCGCGGAACUAUUCUCGAUGGAAUUAAGAUUGACGUGGAACAUCACUAAAUACGUUCUUUGGGGAUGGUUUAGAUCUCCUCUCACUUUAUGGGAGAUUUUCGUCCUCGAGAUCUCACGAUUUUGGGAAUAUUAUAUUGGGCUUCCAGUCAGUCCUAGAAAAUGGACGAUUGUGGCACCAAAUUUUGACGAACUUUAAAGCUUUGGGAGAAGACUAAAAUGUAUGGAGUUUUAAGGGUUGUGAGAAAUAGCAUAGCGUUUGGAGUUUUUACUUUGGAGAUCUCAUGUUUCCUCUUGGGAUGACCUUUGCAUAGAUGGGUUUCUAUCUCAAAGGGAUGUUUAUUUUGAUAGCGUAUCGAAAAUGUUCAAUAGAUAAAUUUGAAAUUAGAUGAUACUUCUGUUGUACACAUGUUCCCUCUUGGGACGUGAAUUUGAAUAUUCCUCGAGUCUUUCGAUGAGAUAGAAUGCAUGCAUCCGAGCGAGCAAUGGACAAAUUUACAGGGCGAGUUGAGAAGUAGGAGACUAGGAGUACCAAAAGUAUCCCGAAUACAAUUAUUUGUCAAAUAAUAUAUCAUGAUUGAAGUUUGUCCCCUAGAUCAAGAUUCA